UAUCCACGUUGAAUUGAAUCCUGUGAUGCAUAUUUUAGUUUAUUUAACCUUGUAAUCUUGUUUCCUUGAUUCAUCAUCAUAAUAGCGGCGGGUUCGUGAGUUAUCUUCCUCAACCAAUCACCGUUUCCAAGAUCGAAGCCACAAGUUUGGGAACCCUAGCUUCUCAUUUCUUUUAGAGAAAAGCAUAAAAGAGGCUCAAUCAGAACCUUGAGAUUCCUUCCUUCCAGGACCCAGCUAUCAUAUUUGUCAGUGUUGUGAUAAUAAAUUGAUAAAUUCAAGUUAAAACUACGUCAGUCUUAUUGUUGCCCUUACCUAGCAAGUUGCAACUCUUAGCCAAAAUGGUAUCUGGGUUAAUCAAUGCGAAUCCUAUCAUAUAUGAAAAGAAAGAGCGUCGAACCCGAGCUGCUCCAACUGCUCUCCAAGAUGAGUAUGCUGUUGAACCAAUUGACCAACAAGAGAUUUUUGAUCAUAUAAGAGAUAUAAAGGACCCUGAGCACCCAUACUCCUUGGAAGAGCUUAAGGUGAUCACGGAGGAAGCAGUUGAAGUUGAUGACCAGCGAAAUUAUGUUAGGAUUACAUUUACUCCAACAGUGGAACAUUGUAGUAUGGCAACAAUUAUAGGUCUAUGCUUACGCGUCAAGCUCAUGAGAAGCUUGCCUUCACGAUACAAGGUGGAUAUCAGAGUAGCACCUGGAUCUCAUGCAACUGAAGCUGCAGUUAACAAACAAUUAAAUGAUAAAGAACGCGUAGCAGCUGCUCUGGAAAACCCAAACCUUCUGGAUAUGGUUGAUGAAUGCCUUGCUCCGUCUUACUACUGAACUAGCUUUUCUCUCCAACGAGUCAACGAGACUGUAGAUUCUUUUCUACUAAUGGUAGAGGUUGGCCAGUUUUAUCUUUAUGUAUAAUAUUUUGGGUUAGUGGCAUAUUGGCCUUGCAAUUGUUCUUGAAUAUAUUGGAAUACGUAGUUGAAAAUGUGAUAGUUGAGUGAGGUACCAAGGUUCUUUGAUCAUUAGCUCUAGAAAAAAAAGAGAGGAUAUUCUUUCCAUGUUUUGAGGUGUCCGCUCAUGUUUCAUAAAUUGUAUUAUCUAUGCCAUGUUUGAUUGAACCUAUAUUGAACUAUUAAAUUAUUUGAGUUAUUAAGUUAGUUGAAGAGAAGUUGCAAAAGGUAAACAUUUCACAUCAGGAGCUACCUUUGCCGAUUGCAAUGGUUGAAUUGAUCAAUUUGGAAUGCUGGGAUAUAUCAGAAAUUGAUCAAUUUGGCAUUGGUUCUUCAGGUAGAAAUUACGUGGCUUUUGGCAGAGUGGGGAAGGGUGAUAAAAGUGCACAACUAUUUUUCUUGUCCGGCUGUGUUUUUACUUAAUUCACCAAUUUACAUAUUAUAUAGCAAUGUAUUACUGUUACACACUAUUUACUGUAACUAUACUGUUCACAAUAGCAUAAAUUUAACUAUGUAUAUGCCAUUUAGCUUUUAUAGUUGAA